AGGUGUGGAGAGGUGGUUGAGCCCUGGCCAGGGAUCCCCGGCCCCACCCCGGGUGUCUGACAGCCGGGCCCGGUGCUGGGUACACGGUUACUGCCUGGAAGGCUCCGGUCUCCUUCCUUCCGGCCUAAUACCUUCUCUCGGGGAUGUGAUGGAGCCCAGGGCCCAUGCUGUUUCGCCUGGGCCUUGGUGUGGACACUGCUGGGGAUGCCUGGAGAGUGGUUGGCACUCAUCAGGAGGUGGAAAGGGGGUAUAAGCUGCUGUGCCCUGGGCGAGAAUGGAGUAGGGCAUAAUGGCAGCCACAGGCAGGAGGCAGAGGCUGAGGAGGCCAGCCUGCUGGGCCUUGAUGGCUGUGCUCUUGGCAGACCUGUUGGCACUGAGUGACACGCUGGCAGUGAUGUCCGUGGACCUGGGCAGCGAGUCCAUGAAGGUGGCCAUCGUCAAACCUGGAGUGCCCAUGGAAAUCGUCUUGAACAAGGAAUCUCGGAGGAAAACCCCGGUGAUGGUGACCUUGAAAGAAAAUGAGAGAUUCUUUGGAGACAGUGCAGCAGGCAUGGCCAUCAAGAACCCCAAGGCCACCCUGCGUUACUUCCAGCACCUCCUGGGGAAGCAAGCAGACAACCCACAUGUGGCUCUUUACCGGGCCCGUUUCCCGGAGCACGAGCUGAGCUUCGACCCCCAGCGGCAGACUGUGCACUUCCAGAUCAGCCCGCAGCUGCAGUUCUCACCCGAGGAGGUGCUGGGCAUGAUUCUCAACUACUCCCGCUCCCUGGCUGAAGAUUUUGCUGAGCAGCCCAUCAAGGACGCGGUGAUCACCGUGCCGGCCUUCUUCAACCAGGCCGAGCGCCGGGCGGUGCUGCAGGCUGCUCGCAUGGCCGGCCUCAAAGUGCUGCAGCUCAUCAACGACAACACUGCCACCGCCCUCAGCUACGGCGUCUUCCGUCGAAAAGACAUCAACACCACCGCCCAGAACAUCAUGUUCUAUGACAUGGGCUCAGGCAGCACCGUGUGCACCAUCGUGACCUACCAGACGGUGAAGACAAAGGAGGCCGGGAUGCAGCCACAGCUGCAGAUCCGGGGCGUGGGGUUUGACCGCACGCUAGGCGGCCUGGAGAUGGAGCUCCGGCUGCGGGAGCACCUGGCCGGGCUUUUCAAUGAGCAGCGCAAAGGCCAGCGAGCAAAGGACGUGCGAGAGAACCCGCGGGCGAUGGCCAAGCUGCUCCGUGAGGCCAACCGACUCAAAACCGUCCUGAGCGCCAACGCCGACCACAUGGCCCAGAUCGAGGGCCUGAUGGACGACGUGGACUUCAAAGCAAAAGUGACCCGAGUGGAGUUCGAGGAGCUGUGCGCCGACCUGUUCGAGCGGGUGCCCGGGCCCGUUCAGCAGGCCCUCCAGAGUGCCGAGAUGAGUUUGGAUGAGAUUGAGCAGGUGAUCCUGGUGGGCGGGGCCACUCGGGUCCCCAAAGUUCAGGAGGUGCUGCUGAAGGCCGUGGGCAAGGAGGAGCUCGGGAAGAACAUCAACGCGGACGAGGCGGCUGCCAUGGGGGCCGUGUACCAGGCAGCUGCCCUGAGCAAAGCCUUCAAGGUGAAGCCGUUCGUCGUCCGGGACGCCGUGGUCUACCCUAUCCUGGUGGAGUUCACCAGGGAGGUGGAGGAGGAGCCCGGGGUCCGCAGCCUGAAGCACAAUAAGCGCGUGCUCUUCUCCCGCAUGGGGCCCUACCCUCAACGCAAAGUCAUCACCUUCAACCGCUACAGCCACGAUUUCAACUUCCACAUCAACUACGGCGACCUGGGCUUCCUGGGGCCUGAGGAUCUUCGGGUGUUUGGCUCCCAGAAUCUGACCACAGUGAAGCUGAAAGGUGUGGGAGAGAGCUUCAAGAAGUAUCCCGACUAUGAGUCCAAGGGCAUCAAGGCCCACUUCAACCUGGACGAGAGCGGGGUGCUCAGUCUAGACAGGGUGGAGUCUGUGUUUGAGACAGUGGUGGAGGACAGUCCAGAAGAGGAAUCUACUCUCACCAAACUCGGCAACACCAUUUCCAGCCUGUUCGGAGGUGGCGCGACACCAGAUGCCAAAGAGAAUGGUACUGACUCGGUCCAGGAGGAGGAGGAGAGCCCUGCUGAGGGGAGCAAGGACGAGCCUGGGGAGCAGGCAGAGCUCAAGGAAGAAGCAGGGGCCCCCCGAGAGGAUGCCUCUCCGCCCCCACCCCCUGCGCCUGAGGGGGACACAGGCCCUGAGGAGGCAAAGGCAGCAGAAAAGGAAGAUGGGGACAGAUCUGAGGCACCGAAGCCAGGCGAGAAGGGGGAGGCAGGGCCCGAGGGCGCCCCUGCAGCCCCCCAGGAAGAGAAGAAGCAGAAGCCCGCCCGGAAGCAGAAGAUGGUGGAGGAGAUCGGGGUGGAGCUCGUCAUUCUGGACGUGCCUGACUUGGCAGAGGCCGAGCUGGCCCGCUCAGUGCAGAAGCUCGAGGACUUGACGUCGCGAGACCUGGAGAAGCAGGAACGGGAGAAGGCUGCCAACAGCUUGGAGGCUUUCAUCUUUGAGACGCAGGACAAGCUGGACCAGCCCGAGUACCAGGAAGUGUCCACCGAGGAGCAGCGCGAGGACAUCUCGGGGAAGCUCAGAGCCGCGUCCUCCUGGCUGGAAGACGAGGGCUUUGGGGCCACGACUGCGAAGUUGAAGGAGAAGCUGGCGGAGCUGAAGAAGCUGUGCCAAGGGCUGUUUUUUCGGGUAGAAGAGCGCAAGAAGUGGCCUGAACGACUGUCGGCCCUCGACAAUCUGCUCAACCAUUCCAGCAUGUUCCUCAAGGGAGCCCGGCUCAUUCCAGAGAUGGACCAGAUCUUCACGGAGGUGGAGAUGACCACGUUGGAGAAAGUCAUCAAUGAGACUUGGGCCUGGAAGAAUGCGACGGUGGCCGAGCAGGCCAAACUUCCCGCCACAGAUAAGCCUGUGCUGCUCUCAAAAGACAUCGAGGCCAAGAUGAUGGCCCUGGACCGCGAGGUGCAGUACCUGCUCAAUAAGGCCAAGUUUGCCAAGCCGCGGCCCCGGCCCAAAGACAAGAACGGGACCCGGACAGAGCCUCCCCUCAAUGCCAGUGACAGUGACCAGGGGGAGAAGGUCAUCCCUCCAGCAGGCCAGACGGAGGAUGCGGAGCCCAUCCCCGAACCUGAGAAAGUGGAAGCGGCAGAAUCGGAACCAGCAAGCCCAGAGACUUUGGAGUUAGGAGGUCCGGGAGCAGCAUCAGAACAGGAGCAGCCAGCGCGGCAGAAGCAGCCUGUGAAGAAUGAUGAGCUAUAACCCCCACCUCACGGCCCUGUUUGUCACCACCCCCUUCUCCUGCCACCUCUAUUUAUUAAACAUCGAUGGGGGAGGGGGUCGGUCCUGCCCUGGGGGCUCCUUUUCUCUCACUUGCAGCUAGAGUGUGGAGAAGGGGAAGGAGAGGCCAGCUCACCGGCUCCUUCUGGGAUAGCUCUGAGGUUAAAGCCAGAACUUGUCUGCCGCCUGCUCCCACCCCGGCUCCCUGCCCACCCAGGCCCUACACUGGGGAAUAAUCACUAUUAGGUCUUAAGGCUUUGCCUGCAGGUAGGCGAGAGAACGGCCACAGUGGCUGACUGGGCCUGGAGGUAGGGAGGGCAUCCUGGGACAUGGGGGAGUGUCCAGUCCUCUCUGGUCAUCCCGCCCUCCCUCCUUCCCCUCCCCCCAUGAAACCCAUGUCCCGCUGGGCCAGUCUGCACAGCCUCAGUUACCAGCCUUGGUUUCUGAGUCUCUGCCCCUUCCUCCCUCCAAGGUCUUCCCAUCCCCGCCCCCCACCCCAUGCAUUUUCUUGGCUUCCUGGUGCAGGUUGGGUAGUUCUCUGCCCCUUGCCCAAAGCCUUCCAUCUGGACUGACUGAAGGAAAUCUGGAAGUAUUCCGCUCUCACGGAUGACCCUUACUGGCCAGAGGAGGCAGAGAGAAAGGGGAGGGGGAGGUGUGUGACAGCCCCGGAAAGCCUGUGGAGUGGUCAGUGUGGGAAACCAGCAUCGUGCAAGCCCUCAAAACCUGCAUCUUCCCCGGAGGCUGGCCGCCCUGGGGCCUGCGCCCACCUGCCUCCCCUCCUGCUGCUCUGCCCCUGCCCCCCGGGCUGACCAAAUGUGCUUGCUACUGUGAGCCCCUAUGCUGAGACCCUGGGGCUUGGAGAGCCCACGGUGUGAAUGUAAACACAGCACCUCACUCUUGGAGGCAGGCUUUGCGGGUGGAGGAAGAGGGCGGGCGGCCUUCCUCCAUGCAUUGCUCUGCUGGGGUAGGGGCAGGAGCUGGAGCAGCCUCCUGCGCUCCGGGACGAGGGUGAACCGGGUUGUGUCAGUCAUUCUGUCUUUUUUGUCCUUUUUUUUUGUUUUUGCCACAUUGGCAGAAAAGGUCCCCCCACCCCCUUCUGUAUGUUCGAGUUCUUUCAUUAGCAGUUGAGGCUGGUUGGACAGGUUUGAAUCAAAUUGUACUUUGCUCCAUUGUUAAUUGAGAAAUUGUUUCAAUAAAAUAUUCUUUUCUAUA